AUGGAGGGUCUUCACGUGGCUUUUAAAAGGACCCGUUUGGCUGAUGUUUUUAGAGGGAUCUCUAUUGAUGACAUUGAGAUUCCACAUCUUUUGUAUGCGAACGAUUUUUUUGUGCUUUCACCAUGGAGUCUUGAUAAGGUUGUUCAUAUUCUUUGUUUUUUCGAUGUUUUUUCUUGGCUUCGGGUCUUAAUCAAUUUGCAUAAAAGCAAAUUGAUUGGAAUUGGUGUUACCCCAUCUCAAGUUGCGGAUGUUGCGAGAUCCAUGGGCUGUGGUUUUGAUUCUAUCCUAUUUGUUAAUCUUGGGGUUCAUGCAGGUCAUAAUAUGAACCGAGUGAACGCUUGGUCCUCUAUUAUUGACAAAUUUUGUAGUAGAUUAGCGGGGUGGAAAGCUAAAUGCCUUUCCUUUGGUGGUGGACUUACAUUGAUCAAGUUGGUUCUUGGGUCUGUGGGAAACUAG